AUGCUGAAUCCGUUCACCCCACGAAGUCUCGCGUCUUCGAAUGACUUCUGGCUCUUAACGACCCUCCACAUGGAACAUGCGUUGAACGCCGAGCUCGGGGUUACUGUUACCGCCGCCUUGGUGCUGGGAGUCAUCGUCCACCAGAGCAUACGUUUAAUCGAGAUUGAUAAUCGAGUAUGGACGCUCCUCAUUCUCUUCUCUGGCUUCAAUGCUGCGGCUUUCGUCGGCUAUGCUUUUGUCGUGCAACAUGGGAUACUUGCAGCAGGGUUCCGAGUCUUCGUGGUGGAUGGCGCAUUUCUUACUGGCGUGUAUGGUAGCAUUGCCAUCUACCGGUUGUUUUUCCAUCGGCUGAGGAACUUCCCCGGACCUUGGGGCGCGACGCUAUCUCGGUUUUGGGCUCUGCGACGAUCGAUGAAAAAGGUCCAGUUCAAUUAUGAAGUGGAAGCCUUGCACAAGCAAUACGGAGACUUCGUUCGGAUCGGUCCUCGCGAGAUUUCAAUUAAUCGGGCUUCUGCUAUCGACCUUGUAUACGGACCUCCUUCAAAGUUGCCCAAAUCGACCUGGUACAGCCAAGUUUCGGAUGACGUUAAUAAGUGCUCCAUCAACUCAACACGGGACAUGCAGAUCCAACGUCGAAGGCGACGGGCUUGGGACCGCGGCUUUAGUAUCAAAGCACUGUCAACAUACGAGCCCCGUGUGAAAGCAAAGACAGAUCUCUUGCUGUCACAGAUUGCCCGAACAAAAGGCUCGGCGAUGAAUAUCACCGAAUGGUCGAUGUUUUAUACCUUCGAUGUCAUGGGCGAUAUUGGCUUGAGCAAAGACUUUGAGAUGCUGACCACCGGAGGUGAGCACAAAGCGAUCAAGGCACUGCAUGAUCAAAUGAUCACAAUCGGUACUCUCGGCACUCUCCCCUGGCUGUUGGCAUUUUUCAGUGCUAUUCCCGGAAUUGCCGGCACGUUUCGGGACUUUAUGGAGUUCUGUCGAGAUCAACUCGAAGAGAAGAAGCGAUUAACGGGAAAGGAUCAAGAGCCUCGUGAUGUGAUUUCUUGGUUGAUCAAGGCCAAGUAUGAGAACGAUCAGUCCGCGCCACCUUCGGACUUUGCACUGAGUGAGGAUACUCGCCUGAUCAUCAUCGCCGGAAGUGACACCACCGCGGCCGCUCUUGCCAACACAUUCUUUUACCUGGCGAAGAACCCGAUCGUGCAGCAAAAGCUCCAGAAAGAGCUGGAUACCGUAUUUCCUACCGGUGAGAAGGAUUGGACGUACGAGAAGGCGAAAUUUCCGUAUUUGGACAAUAUCAUCAAUGAAUCCUUGCGCCUCAAGCCUCCCGUGCCAGGCGGUCUUCCUCGAAUCACCCCUCCGCAAAGGCUGCAGAUUGACGAAGUGUAUAUUCCCGGAGACACCAUCGUCGGCGUUCCAGUUCAUACCCUGCAGCGAGAUCCGAGAUAUUUCGAGCGACCUUUGGAUUUUGUACCCGAAAGAUGGGAAAAGACCAGCGUGGAAAAGAACCCCUUCUUCCCUUUCUCGAAAGGAGCAUUCGGCUGUGUCGGGAAGCAGCUUGCAAUGAUGGAACUUCGCAUGGUCUUGUCAAGGGUUGCUCUGGGCUUCGACAUUUCCUUCGCAGACGGCGAGGAUGGGGUCAAAUUCGACGCUGAGGUUUUGGACACGUUCACGCUUACAUUGCCACCGCUGAAGAUGAAGUUCACUCCUAGGCACUAG